CAGCUAGAUUCGACAGAAAUCUGUUGCAAUGUCACCAUAUAAUCAAAUUUCAUCUUUUGCGAACCAUCAGUGAAAGCCAUCGGCCAACAUCUGGCUGUAGACGAAAGACGACUGCGUUGUCAACCGCUUCACCAACAUGGUCAGGCAAAGCCAGCCGGAAGAUGCGAAAGCCAUUUUACCAGUCACGGCGAAAGCUGGUAUGCUCUGUCCGGUACCAGAGCAAGAUGGAGAGACCCGCCAUCCACGACACGCCCUGCUCGCGUCUUUCGCAGCUUGCGGCUGCACCGUCGUCUUAAACACUGUCCCAAUUUACUUCAACCAUGGCUCGACUGACCAAGAAUGCGGGGGCAAAUUUCCAGCGUGCGACCCGCAAACCCUCCAGCCCCCGUCGCGAUUACCACAUGUCCUCCAACAAUACUUCACCUGCCAUACUCUGCUUUUCAUCUUGGCUCUGUCAACCUUUAUACACUGGAUAUUGAUAUUCAAUCUGUUCCAACAAGGACGGUGGAAGGACUCGUAUCUCAAUGUGGUUUUGUGCACUACGAUGGUGUGUCUUAUCCCAGCAGCCUUCUUUGCCCAGGACCCUGCCACCACCUUCGUCCAGAUUUUGCCCAUUAUCACAGAUGUCUGUGUGGCUGGGUGUCUUUUCAGAGAACAUCUGCUCACGAAGAGACCAUGGACGGAAAAAUAAGUCUCGUUAUGAAGGUGAAAGUUUGGGAGGGGGGAAUGGUGGCCAACCGAUCGGCCGACGGGGAGGGUGCUACCCAUAGUGUUGCCGAAUGUCAAAAUCAU